UCUGCGCACCCAGCCUGCCGCGCGCUAGCGAGCCGCCGGGGAAGAUGGCGGAGAGGCUGGAAUGGGUGGAAAUCAUAGAGCCUCGAACGCGGGAGCGCAUGUACGCCAACCUCAUCACAGGGGAGUGUGUGUGGGAUCCGCCUGCUGGCGUCCGCGUAAAGCGCACCAGCGAGAACCAGUGGUGGGAACUGUUCGACCCGAACACCUCACGGUUCUACUACUACAACGCCACCACCCAGCGGACCGUAUGGCACCGGCCGCAGAACUGUGACAUCAUCCCGCUGGCCAAGCUGCAGACCCUGAAGCAGAACACCGAGUCACCGAGGGCCUCCACGGAGAACAGCCCUGGGCGGAGCAGCAAUGUCAGCAGGGAGGGCAGCACCAGCUCCUCCCUGGAGCAGGAGCUGGAAGGCAGCGAGAAGGUGCAGGAUCAGACGAGGUCAAACCGUCAGUCAGCCCAGUUUGCUGUAGUGAAAGAAGAACCAGAAAGUUCUUCACCUCCUGGAGUGUUUGAGAAAGAAUAUGAAAUAUACCGGGAUUACAAUGCAGAAGGUCAACUUCUCCACUACAGGACGUCCUCCCUGCGAUGGAACACCGGCACCAAGGAGCGCCUGCUGAUUAAGGUGACGGACCGCGAGCCGAGCUUUCUCAUGCACCAGGGCAAUGGCUACACCACCGACAGCCAGCAGGGGACCCGCUCACGGAGGCCGUCAGGGGGCCAGCAGUCCCCCAACCUGCAGACGUUUGCCCCUGACACUGACAACUCCGUCUUCUUCCCUGAGAGGAAGCAGUCUCCCUUCUUGAAAAGGGCUGACCAUGUGGGCAGCUGCUCCCCGCUGCUCGGUCGGGGGGAUUCAUUCUGCUCCCCGCUCCAGUCCCAGCACCGGAAGCACUCGAGUGAGUCCCAGCCAUCUUCUCCUCGCUAUGCCUAUGAGCCCCCCUUGUACGAGGAGCCCCCCAUGGAGUACCAGGCCCCCAUCUAUGAUGAGCCCCCGGUGGACAUGCAGUAUGAAGCCAGCGGCAACUACAAGGCGGGCUCCCCGCAGAAAUCACCCAUCCGCAAACCCCACCCAUUCUUGCAGUCGCCCAAGCAGGGCCCCAACUCUCCCUACCAGCAGCUGGUGCUCACCAAACAGAAAUGCCCCGAGAGGUUCAUGAGCCUGGAGUACAGCCCUGCAGGCAAGGAGUAUGUAAGACAGCUGGUUUACGUGGAGCAGUCCGGUUCCAGCCCCAAGCUGAAAACGGGCCUGCGACACAAGUACUCCCCUAACCCCAUAGGUGGCUCGUACUCAUUGCAACACAGCCCCUGCCUGGUGAGGGACCAGCGCCUGGAGAUCAAGUCUGGGGACUACAGCAGCAUGGAAGGGGCUGACUUCCGACACAGCCAGCCCGUGAGCCAGGCCUCCCAGGGGGAAGACUCCAUGUCAUGGUCCAGUCAGCAGGACACCAUGUCUUCUACAGGGUACUCACCUAGCACCAGGAAAAGGAAAAGCAGGAAGCCCUCCCUGUCCCACGACCCCAACACCUCCUCCACGGAUGGUUCGGGGGAUCGGGAGGCUCUCAACGAGCAGCUGAUGGCAGAGGAGAGGCCCAUGCCCGGCACUUACAGGCCCCAGAUGAACCGCACAGAGAGCAAAUCCAUUGAGGCUGAGGCAGUGCGGGGCUUCCCGGAGCCCUUCCUGGCCCAGGCCCGACUGGCGUGGGAGGCGCAGCAGGCUCACUACCACAUGAAGCAGCGGAGCAGCUGGGAUUCCCAGAAGGACGGCUCAGGCUAUGAGAGCGAUGGUGCCUUGCCUUUACCUAUGCCCGGCCCCGUGGUGCGGGCCUUCAGCGAGGAUGAGGCCCUGGCACAGCAGGAGAGCAAGCACUGGAAGAGGAAUACCUUUGAGAAGCUGGGGUUCCCUCAGAUCCUGCUGGAGAAGAGUGUGUCUGUGCAGACUAACCUGGCUUCUCCAGAGCCCUACCUGCAUCCAUCUCAGUCCGAGGAUCUUGGUGCCUGUGCCCAGUUUGAGAGCAGCAGACAGAACAGAAAUAUGAUGCCUAGUGCCAGCUGUGUCUUCCCUACCUUCACCCUACGAAAGCCCUCCUCGGAGACGGACAUUGAGAACUGGGCCUCCAAGCACUUCAACAAGCACACCCAAGGGCUCUUCCGGAGGAAGGUCUCCAUUGCCAACAUGCUGGCCUGGAGCAGCGAGUCCAUCAAGAAGCCCAUGAUCAUGACCACCGACCGCAACGUCAAGAAGGAAGCCUGUGAGAUAUUUAAACUGAUUCAAAUGUACAUGGGGGACCGGCGGGCCAAGGCGGAUCAACUCAGCGUGGCUUUGGAGAUCGCCACCAAAGGCUGGAGCAUGCAGGGUCUGAGGGACGAGCUAUACAUCCAGCUGUGCCGGCAGACCACUGAGAACUUCCGUUAUGAGAGUCUGGCACGGGGCUGGGAGCUAAUGGCUAUUUGCCUGGCCUUCUUCCCGCCCACUCCCAAAUUCCAUUCCUACCUAGAAGGGUAUAUUUACCGGCACAUGGAUCCGGUGAAUGACACCAAAGUGACCCAGCACAUUAAAGAGCUCCUGGAAAGGAACAGUAAGAAGAAAUCCAAAUUGAGAAAGAAACCCAAGCCCUAUAUCGAAGAGCAUGAUGGGGUGGCAAUAAGCACUUACGCCAAGUACUGUUACAACAAGCUCCAGAAAGCAGCCUUGACAGGAGCAAAGAAGGGCCUGAAGAAGCCGAAUAUUGAGGAGAUCCGGCAUGCAAAGAAUGCAGUGUUCAGCCCCUCCAUGUUUGGGAGCUCCCUGCAGGAGAUCAUGAACAUGCAGAAGGAGAGGUACCCGGAUCGGCAGCUCCCCUGGGUGCAAACCAGACUGUCUGAGGAAGUGCUGGCGCUUAAUGGAGACCAGACCGAGGGCAUCUUCAGAGUGCCUGGAGAUAUCGAUGAGGUCAACGCCCUCAAGCUGCAGGUCGAUCAGUGGAAAAUCCCCACCGGCUUGGAAGACCCUCAUGUUCCUGCGUCGUUGCUAAAGCUCUGGUACCGGGAGCUCGAGGAGCCGCUGAUUCCCCACGAGUUCUACGAACAGUGCAUUACCCACUAUGAGAACCCAGAAGCAGCCAUCGCAGUCAUCCACUCCCUGCCCAGGAUCAACAAAAUGGUGCUCUGCUACCUCAUCCGCUUCCUACAGGUGUUCGUGCAGCCGGCUAAUGUGGCGGUCACCAAGAUGGACGUCAAUAACCUGGCCAUGGUGAUGGCCCCCAACUGCCUGCGCUGCCAGUCCGACGACCCGCGGAUCAUCUUCGAGAACACCAGGAAGGAAAUGUCCUUCAUCCGGGUGCUGAUCCAGCACCUGGACACCAGCUUCAUGGAGGGGGUCCUAUAGCAGCGAGCAGGGGCAGGAGCUAAAACCAAUGCUGACGACGACCACAAACCACCCAACCCCCCUUGAAGCCCAGGUCAAUCAGCCAGACACCACAAAGGGAAGGCACUGGGCAGCCCUGGGCAGAGCCUCUCGUCCCCAUCACACCAUGUCCCCAGCCCCAUUACAACCCGGCCUAGUCCUGCCUCUCUCA